CCCAUGCCGCAGUCGCGCGCUUGGCAUUCGACGAUUGCGAUGUCAGCACAUGAGCUACUCGACAUGAAUGAAGUGUUUGGCGGCGACGUCGACGGGUCGAAAGAAUCGAUGGACCCUGUCCUGAUCGAAGAUGCUGACAUGCUGUGCGACACGUUGAAUCAAAUCUGCGAGCUCGAGCAGCAGCAACAACAACACCCGCCGAAAGACGUGUCCAUGAUGUCGUUCGCGGACGACCUGGACGUCAUGGACUGGGGCAAAGCUGACGAAGAUCGACCAGCCGAAGCGUGCACGAGCGCUCCGUUUUCAAGAGUAGCAGCAGUCGGACAUGGCUCCAACGAUACAAGCAAAGCCGUCGAAGACGCAUUGUACGGCGACGACGACGACGACGAUGACAGUCCUGCUCCGUCGACGUUGAUCAAAGUCGAGAUUGAAUCGAUUCAAUCGCACGGUGUGACCGACUCGAAGGAUGACUGUGGCCUUCUCUCGGACAUGCCCAACAUGCUCGACAUGUUGAAUGCCAUGUAUGCCGACCAGGCUAGCGACCCCCAGGGACACGACGCGACCACCUGUGUCGACCAAGGGCCCAAGUUCACCCCCCUCAGCAUUCACAUCCCAGCACCGAUUUCGAUUCCACACUACCAGCCCCUCCAGCCUGCGACGGUGACAUAUCAAAACACAAAGCUUCUGGCCCCCCACAGCACCCCCAACAUUCAUUUUACCUCCCCUGUGUACUUCAGUCAGCUCGCCCCUCCUCCACAUCGAGAGGCCACCGUGAAACCUCAGCCGCCGUUCGCGCGGCCGCCUCCGACUGGACUCGCUGCGAACGCGCUUCUCUCCCCAACAUAUCAAGGACACGUGCUAGCCAGUCGCUUGUGUUGUCCAAAAGCGAAAACCCCAAAAGCCCUGCCACGAUUCACCCAUUCACCAGACAUCGCCGAGCAAAAGCUCAUGCGCAUUUUCUUUCAGUACUGCGAUCCCGCGACCAAGUGCCUCAAGUUUCCCCAACUCUUGAACAUGCUGACCAAGCAUCGCAUCAAGGAAGAGUCCCCGAUGAACCUGAGCAUUCUCUUUCCCCCGAACGAAACCACGACAACGCCGUUUCCACAGUCCCUUUUUCCGUCGGAAUCCGACACGUUGACGUUGGACGCCUUCCGAAAUGCAUUUCAAAUCUGCAAUCGUUGCACCGAGCUAAAGCGAAAGCAGUCGGCUGCGGUGGUGACAGCGGGCGAUGGCAACCCCGUUGUGGUGUCGGCAUUUCCUCGGGUACGGCAGUCAUCGCACGCGUAGAGCACUGUGGACAACUCUAGUCGAGUUGCAUUGUCUUACUCGCUUCGUUUCUUGUGUGCGUAGGACGUGACGGACGACGUCGCGCCAGUGCUCGUGCGCGUGGUACCGCUGACGUAUGAAGGUCCCAAGAUCAAGAGCUGCGACCAUUUUCAGUGGACGUGGUGCGAGGGAUUCGACAAGACGGGCAACGAAAAGUGCAACGGUACCAACAGGCACGACAAGUGCCCCAAGUACUUGGCCAACUGCACACUGUGGAAGCACCGGCUGCCUCCGAAGAAUCGCAAGUCCAAGGGCCCGGACGAGAUGGACUCGCCCGCGAAGAAGCUCAAGUUCUUCUCCUAAGUAAACACGCGCCGUUUCAAAUCCCAACA